UGCUGUCGUUGUCGAACUGUAUUUUUUCUCCAAAAGCACUUUAUAAUCUUCCUAAGUGCUCGCAGUGCAGUUUACUGUUCAACCAGCGACUGUCGGGGACGAAUUGGAUGCCUACUGUUCCCGACCUCCCUGGCACGCUUGUGCCCCCUGAUCAAGAAAAUUGGCUCAAAUCGAACGUCGCGCGGCUCUGUCAUGUCGACCACCAGAGAUUCCCCGGAAGCCAGCCAGUAAGUUUUGGCACGAAUGACCUCGACAAGUUGGAGCAACAAGAUUUCUGGGUCUGCGAAAAGUCGGAUGGGAUUCGCGUUUUGCUCUUUGUCUUCACGGACAACAACACCAAGGACCAGAUGGUCUACCUUAUUGACCGCCACAAUGCGUAUCGCGAAUUAGCAGGACUAUACUUCCCUCACCACGAGAACCCUUUGUAUCCACUGCGAAGUACCAUCGUCGACGGCGAACUUGUCAUUGACGUUGACCCAAGAACCAAACACGAGACACUGCGAUUCCUCGCCUUCGACUGCCUCGUUGUUGACGAUCAAAAUGUUAUGUCAAGACCUUUAGACAAGCGUUAUGGGAGGCUUAACGAGUGGUUUCACAAGCCGUAUGCAAGGAUGAUGCGAGACCAUCCACAUAUGGCGAAUACGCAACCGUUCGAUAUCAAGGUCAAGCAGAUCAAGUCAUCCUACAACGUAGAGCAGGUCUUCAACGUCGACAUCCCAGCUCUGCAACACGGGAAUGAUGGCCUCAUUUAUACCUGUGUCAACACCCCAUAUUCACCUGGUACAGAUCCGAAUAUCAUGAAAUGGAAACCCGCAUCGGAAAACUCCAUCGACUUCAAGUUAGUUCUUCGCUUCCCACCUCUGGCGUCGAAUCCUACCGUGCCGGACUUUCACGCCAAGCCAGUAUUUUUACUACAAGUCUGGUGCGGCGAUGAACGCGGGGUGGCGAAGUAUGAACAGUACGAUGAUCUAUACGUCUCUGAUGAAGAGUGGGAGCAGAUGAAGUCGUCAGGCGAACAAUAUGACGAUCGUAUCAUCGAAGUCCACUGGGACCCCGCAGCAUCACAUUGGCGCAUGAUGAGAUUCAGAGAUGAUAAGCCAAAUGGUAAUCAUCGGAGCGUCGUGGAGAAAAUCAUACAAAGUAUAGCUGAUGGAGUCGAAAAGGAUGCUCUGUUGGCGCGUUCCAACGCGAUACGGAAUGCAUGGAAAGCACGGCAAGGCCAACCAGCUGCUAAUAGGCCGGCAGCAGUUCAGCCACCCAAACCGGUUCCACGACCCCCUCCGCUAGAAGUCGAGCGACGAUACGGGCCAAUCGCGUCGUCUCCUUGGAGCAAAGUCUCAGGUCCUGAGACCAUAGCCGGCAUGAAACGAUGAUCACAACUUUACCCUGGGUUUUCGAACACUUCGUAUGGAUCGCGAUCCGCCACCACAAGGAAUCCCGUCUCAUUUCUAGCUAGUGGAGCUUGUCAUCUGGAUGUCGUUGAAUGUCUUUUGGUCCAGAUUGUUGCGUUGGGAUGGUUCCUUGCAUCAGACCAUCAGGUUGCUGGCAUAGGGUGUCCCUUUUCCUAUCAUCGGGCUUGAUGAAGGUGUUCUUUUCAACUGGCGCGUCAUUCAGUGGCCGCAGCUGAUCAAACUUGGAGGGUUCCGAUUUUAUUGGUGGUUGCGUGGGAGCUUUUCUCCGAUAUCACCAUAGGGUAUGGGUUUAUUUGGAUUUGGAUUUGUAGAUUUUUGAUCUCAAUGGAAGAAGCCA